AUGAUUUAUAACAACCCUGUAUCAAAAAUGAUGAUGAAAGAGGGAAAAAAUAUCACAAAUCUUCUUUUAGGCUUUGAUUGCAUUUUUGCAUUCUUAUCAAUUAUUGGAUGUACACUUGGAAUACUUGGGUUAUUUGUGGAUAGGUUAAAAACAAUAUCUCAACAUGGAUUAAUAGGAAUUUUUGCUUUGGCAUCCCUGGGACUUCUGUGGAGCUUUGCCAAUUCUUUGCACAAGAAGAUCGAAAGCCCUUUCUUUGAAAAGAAAGGAGGAUUCCUCAAUCCGGCCAUUUUAUUGUCUCUUAUCGAGAUGGUUGUGAUGCUGCUUUGUAUCAAGGCUGUGCUCUUCUAUCCCUCCAGCUGUUCUUUAACGUGUGAGGACAGUAAAGUUUGCAAAUUUGGGUUUCUUGGAGCAAUCUUUAUGCCUUAUGUCUUCAAUGAGUGCAUAAGGCAACUGCUAGGCUCUGGCAAAAGCCGAAAGCAAGAUACAGUGAUCUUGGGGAUUCUAAUUCUGGGAUGCUUGGUAAUGGCAGGACUAAUUGGCCUUGACAUUAAGAUGAAGAAAAACUACACUUCGAUAGGAAUCUUUAGUAUUGGCGUGCUGUCAUUACUUGUUCGCCUUGCUUUCAUUGGAGAAAAUGAAAACACUGAAUCUUCCGAUGACUCUGAAGAUGAGGGGCUCAAAGAAGAUCCCAAAUACAUCGGAAUGGUUACUACACUUAUGCUGGUAACACUGAUAUUUGCCAGGUCUCAUCGUAUUCUAUUUAGCAAGGAUGGAACCACCCUAUUUGAUUCCCUCAAAUCUCUUAAUCUCCUAGGAUUGAAGGCCGGAAGCCAGGCCAGUUGA